AUGGAUACCUCAGCUAUUCUCGAAGCUGCUCGUCAGACAACCUUUCAAGGCGAUAAUUUGAAUAUCUUGAACUUGGAUUUAAAGAUGGGCCAUGCCUCAGCCGACCUCAGUACGCUAGAGACCAAAUCGAUUGCUAACCUCUUGAACGACCGAUUGGAAACCAGUAUCCGUCACCUCGAAAAACUUCAUAGCCGUGUGGCCGAUACGUCGUCCAAGGUCCUGGUCACUGGUGAUUUGAAUUCAGGCAAAUCGACCUUUGUCAAUGCUCUUCUCAAGCGAGCCAUCUUGCCUGCAGACCAACAACCUUGUACGAGCAUCUUUUGUGAAGUAUUGGAUGCCAUGUUGAACGACGGUGUGGAACAGGUCCAUGCCAUACCCUGCGUCGAAAAGUACAAUCGUCUAGACCCUGACACUUAUCAUGUGAUUGAAAUGCGUCAUUUAUACAAAGUGAUUACCGAAGAUUUCGAACAAUACAAAAUGCUCAAAAUCUAUGCCAAUGACGCUCGAGACAGUCAAGAGAGCUUACUUCACAACGGUGUCGUCGAUAUUGCAUUAAUUGACUCACCUGGCUUAAAUACCGACUCUGUCAAAACCACGGCUGUCUUUGCUCGUCAAGAAGAGAUUGACGUUGUCGUCUUUGUUGUCAGUGCUGAGAAUCACUUUACUCUUUCUGGCAAGGAAUUUUUGUGGAACGCAGCCAACGAAAAGACUCACAUAUUCAUUGUUGUCAACCGAUUCGACUCCAUCCGAGACAAGGACCGUUGUAAACGCUUAAUUCUCGAACAAAUUCGUCAACUGAGUCCUGCCACUUAUGCAGACGCUGACGAUCUUGUUCACUUUGUGAGCGCAGGCAACGUCGACCUUGAACUCGGUUCUCGUAAAUUAGAUGCUCCCGACUUUGCCCGUUUGGAACAGCGACUGCGGGCAUUUGUGCUUGAGAACCGUACAAAAUCAAAACUCUUGCCUGCCAAAAACUAUCUCGUCAACCUGCUUUUGGAUAUUCAAGUGCUCUCAGAAGCCAACAAGAGCAAGUCUACAGAUGAUCAUGCCAGAGCUACGAAGGAGCUUGAGCAAGACUUGCCUGCCUAUGAACACCUGUUGCAAGUCAGAGACCGUGUGCUUCAGCAAGUCGAAAAAGUGGCUGAGGCUACUGUGUCCUCUAUUCAGCGUCAUGCUCAAAACAAAUUGAAUCAAACCGUCGAAAACAUUGGUCAUGCCAUUCAUACGAUAGAAUACCCAGGCGUCUUGCUUAUCUGGCAGUAUGCCCAAGAUAUUGCUGAUUCCAUGACCCAGAGACUGUUGAAGGAGAUCAGACAAGAAGAAUCCUUUGCACGACGAGAAACGGGCGCCUGCCUGGAACGUAUUCACAGCAUGGGCGCAGAACACUUGGGCGAAUAUCCUCUGGCAGCUGAUGUCAACAAGUUGUGCGUCAAGCCCAAGGAACUUGUCAUUACGGUGGAAGCUACAGAUUUCUUUGACCUCAUCUUGGACGAUAAAUUAUCUAGUGCUGCCUUGUUGUCCGGCGCAGCUACAGUGGUCGGUGGCCGUAUGCUCGGCUUCAAGGAUGCUGUCUCCAGCAUCUGCAGUGUGUCCAACAUGGUCAACUCUCCCAACAUGCGUCGCUGGAUUGUCCCUGUGGUCGGUGUCGCCAGUGUCGGUUUCAUUGUCUAUGUCGUUAGUGAUAUGCGUCAUGCUGUCGAACGUAAAUUGGUCAAGAAAUUCAAGAGUGCAGCUCGUGAGCUAGGAUAUAUUGAAGCACAGAGCGCUCGUAUUGGCCGUGAGUCCAGAAAGGUUUUACGUGUUGAAGGCUGGGAAAUCCAAAAUAGAAUUCAAAGAGCAAUUGAAGAAAAGGAACAAAAGAGACAUGAGACUGAAGAAUUCGCUCAGGCAUCACGAGAGACUGCAGAGUUCUUUAGUUCUAUCUUGGAAAAGUCCAGUUCAUUAUUAGAAAAGGUCAAGAUGGUCGUUACUGAUCCUAAGGAAUCCUUUGCUCAAAUCUAA